AUGACCGAUGUUGUACCAGCGGCGGCUCCCGAGGUAGCAGAAAACCAGGAGAUAACUUUGCGAAUAAGCUACCAACCACUGUCGCUUUUCAAGUACCAGUUGUAUGCAAGCCAACAGACGCGCAACAAGUGGUCAUCGAUGUUAGGGAACGAUCAAGAGGAGGACGACCAAGACGCCAUAAAACAAGCGCUUCUGGAAACAAAUCCUAUUGUUUUAGGUGUGACGGUAUUUGUGUCAUUACUGCACACCGUGUUCGAACUCUUGGCUUUCAAAAAUGAUAUUCAAUUCUGGCGUUCGCGAAAAGAUUUAGUGGGCCUUUCCGUUCGAUCAGUGCUUUUCAACAUUUUCCAGUCACUUAUCGUUUUCCUCUACAUAUGCGACAACGAUACGAACUGGGUUGUCAAGAUCAGUGUCGGAGUAGGGUUUCUUAUUGAAUGCUGGAAGCUGCCAAAAGUACUCAAUCUCGAGGUCGAUCCUACUCACAAAUGGCUAGGUGUAAUCCCUAGAAUCAAGAUCACUGAUAAAGGAUCCUAUGUAGAAAGCAUGACGAAGACGUAUGAUAAUUUGUUUAUUAACUACAAGCUGAAAUCUGUGGCCCACCUUCCUUGGAGGAUGCUGACAUACAAGUUUAUCAACACAUUCAUUGACGACCUGUUUGCAUUCGUUAUAAGAAUGCCUAUGAUGUAUCGUAUUGGCUGUUUCCGCGACGACAUCGUUUUUAUAGUUUAUCUGUAUCAACGAUGGAUUUACCGUGUUGACCCUAAACGUGUUAACGAAUUUGGAUCAUCUUUGGAGCCUACUGCUGAUUCAGAAGACACAGCACAACUAGCGAUCACCGGCUCACCCGAUGAGAAGAUGCCAAAGGAAACGAAAAAGGAUCUCUAG